AUGAAAGCCAAGCACUUCACAAACAAGCUGUCCUAUACUUCAAACGGGUGGCAAAGCGGCCCCGUUUUUCGUCUCCUUCCACGUCCAAUGGCCAACACCGCUAAUGGCCUCCGGCGCUGCCCCCCCACCCCACACCCCCCUCUCCACCUGGCAGCACAGUAUGCUCUGAGCUCGGGCCAAAGAGAUGGUGGACUGGCAGACCCUCGCCUGAGGUGUGGGUGGGGGUUGUUACUGUGA